AUGGCUUCGACGUUUGGAGCCGCAGGUGGCGCCGCAGUAUUUGAGUUGGCGGGAGCCGCACGCACUUCAGCGCGCCUCGACCUCCUCCUCAACCUCGUCACGUCGUCCUCGGACGCAUCGCAAGCGGACGAGGUACUCCAGCUCAUCGCACAGUCCGGUCUGCUGGCGCAGGUGCCGCACGACGAGACGCAGCACAAGCUCACUGUCCGCAUCAACGCACUCAUCUCUUCGCAGAACGCGCUCGGCUACCGUCUUGCACAUGCAUGGAUCCAGCAGGACCCCGCGGUGUGGAACGAGCACCUCAUCGCCAACGCGGCGACGUGGACCACGCAGAUCCUCAACCUCGUCGGCGCGCCGGAAAAGCUGCUGCAUCAGCGCGAGAACUCGGAUCGCCUUCUGGCUGCCGCGCUUCAGUUCGCCACCACCCACAUCUUUCCCGAAAACAUCGCGGCUAGGCAGGAGUUCUACCGUCAGGUCGUGCAUCCGAACCUGCCCAAGCUCGUCGUUGGACUCGCACAGCUGCUCGACGUCAUCCUGAAGAGCGUAUUGGACGAUGGACAGGUUGCGCAUGCGUCGCAGUUGCAUGUCGUAUUGGUCUUUAUCAACCGCCUUAUGCACGCACAUCCGGCGCAGUUCCGCCCCGUCUCGUCGCGCGUCCACGAGUGCAUCUCUUCGCUGCUGUACGCAGACGAGGCACAGAGUCUUGCGGUACCGAUCUUCACCGCCGCCGCCGAGGUGCUGGCAUCGCUGCACCUUACGGGAGCGCUCUCGGCCAAGGGCAGCGAAGCAUCGGGCGGAAAUGCACGCACCACGCAGGCGCAACUCUGGCAAGCGACGAUUGAGAACCAGCUGCACCUCGCCACCGAAGCCUGGCGAUUCGCCACGUCGAGCUAUCAGGUCACGGACGCGGCUCAGCAGGGCGAGGGCGAUGCCGGAGCUGCGAGGCCACAGUCGCUCAAGGCGUAUCCCAAGGAUCCGCUGGCGGCGACGCGCGUUGCACACGAGCGUCUCGCGCUGCUGCUUGGCACGCGCGGCCGUCCGGGGCUGAUCAGCCUGCACCUGCGCGCGGCGACGGCUCGUCCGGUGCCUGUGCCCGCGGGCAAGAUCGUGUCGUUGUGUCUGGACAUGCUGCACGUGGAUGUGUCGAGCCGAUUCAAGCCGACGGCGGAAGCCAAGCUGUGUACGCUGCAGGCCUCGCAUCUCGCCACGCUGCAUACGCGCGCACUUUCGCUCGUCUCGCAGCUCGCACUCGUCGCUCCCGCCGCUAUCCCGCUCGAGGCUGCUCGGGUGCUCGGCGACGUGUGUCGGCUGGCGGAGGGUGGUGGUGGAGCGCAGGCCAGCGCGCGCGUGAGGCUGGCAGCGAUGCGCACGCUCGUCGUGCUCGUCGGGCGAGAGGGGAUUGCGCUACCGCUCGAUCCGGCGGGUAGGACGACGCUGCGGCUUGCGCGUCUUGCCGUCACCCAAGUCUCGCGCGCAGUGUUGCAGCCAGCUGCUGCAUCGGGCGACGCAGCACGCAGCGCCAAGAAGGCGCGCCUGUACGAGUCGGAUUCGCUCUUCACCACGGGGUCGGUCAAGGACCGCAUGCACAGCUUGGCGCCCGAGGAGAUCGCAUGCACCAUUUCGGCGCUGCAGAUUCUGGUCGCCGUGUAUCCGCUGCUGACGACGAGCCUGAGCUCGGUGCACUAUGACCUGAUGCAGCUGGCGGUGCACAAUGUGCAGGCCAUGGUCGAGGUGCUUUCGGACUCGAUCGGCACGCACGCUGCCAGCCUGCGCACCGCAAGUGCGGGGGCUGGGGUCCCUAGCACGACCGAGCUGUUUGAAGAGGCGGUGGGAGCGUUGGGGGACAUGUGUCUGGACUCGACGUCGAGUGUACUGGCCAUGGUGCUGCCGCGUGCGAUUGCGGUGCUGGGCCGCGUGGCGAAUGCGCCUAGUGGGGGCAGUGGGCGGGUUCGUGUGGCGGCCGAACGGGCUUUGGUGGCAGUACACGCGAGCAGGAAGGGUAAAUUUGUCCCUGUUGCGCGUGGGGUCGGCUUCGGCCCUCGUGCGGCCGACGAUCUGGACGCCACUCCUGACGGAGCCAAGCUCGCUGAUGCCACCGCCCUCGGUCGCUCCAUCCCCACCGCCGAAGUGGUGCAAAGUUCGCUGGAGGAAGCAUCGACAGCCGUGCUUGGCAAGCGCCAAGUAGAGCAAGAGGAGGAGGACGAGGAGGAGGUUGUGGGGGAUAGGAUGGAUGUGGACGCUAUUGCAGCCGAGUCGAACGAGCUAUUUUCGGCGGGUGGUGCGGAUGCCAGUACGAGUGUGGCGGGUGGAGCGUUGGGGUUGGGCCGGCCUGUUUCGCCGUUGCGAUCGCCGGUGGAGAAGCGCAUCUUUUCGCCUGAUCCGGUCAAGCCGGCACACCGGACGAGCACACCGCGCAUUGGGAGUCCGUCGACGUCGCAUCCGCGCGCACUGUCGCGUCCCGCCUCGCCCACGCCCGACCAGCCGGCACCCAGCAUGCUCACGCCCGGACGCAUGGUUUCCCCAACUGCAGUUGCCUCCCCCAGUGUCGUUGCGGUGGAGAAGCCCGCCGUGGAAGCAGCGCAGGUCGUUCAGCCGACCGAAGUGGAGAAGUCAACAAUGCAGAUUGGGGCUGCGUCCGACGACGACGAUGACGACGAAAUGCCCGAGAUCGACAUGGCCGCUUCGGACUCGGACGAGCAGUAA